AUGUCCAAGACUCUGGCGGUGCUCGGUGCGACUGGCCGCCAAGGAGGCUCCGUGAUAAAGAAUGUCUUGAGCGAUCCAGAACUCUCCCAAAGAUACAAGCUUCGCGCCAUCACUCGAGACGCCAGCUCGGACAAGGUCAAGGGCCUAAAGCAGCAGGUGGAAGUCGUUGAGGGCGAUAUCGCGAACCAUGCUUCCAUCUCAACAGCUCUGACCGGAGCCGACUUUGUCUUCAUCGUCACGACGCCGGCCUUUGGCCCCGAUGCCGUCAAAGUCGAAGUCGACAUCAUCAAGACCGUUGCCGACGCUGCAGUCGAACAGGGCCUCGAAUACAUCAUCUUCAGCACCCUGCCAUCCUACAGCGAUCUCUCCGGCGGCAAGUAUACGGCGGUCACAGCUUUUGAUGCCAAAGCCGAGGGGGAGAAGUAUAUCAAGACUCUGCCCAUCAAGAGCGCCUUCUGGUGUGGAGGAUACUUCAUGGAGAACUUUGAGACGCAGCCGUUUCUCGGUCCUCAGCCCAACGGCGAUGGCACGUAUUCUCUCAUUCGAAACGUCCGGCCCAGCUGCCGGCUGCCGUAUAUUGACGCUGGGGGAGACACGGGCAAGUUCGUCAACGCCAUCCUCGCCGAGCCCGACAAGUACGAAGGCCAGACAUUGUACGCCGCGGUCGCUUUCUAUAGCGUGGUAGAGAUAGCUGAGAUUCUGUCCAAGGCCACUGGCAAGACCAUCGUCUACAAGCAGCUCUCGUACGAGGACUUUGCCAAAUCCUUGCCGUUCUUCGGCGAGCUGUUCGCCGACGGUGGCGCCUUCCAAGAUGAGUACGGUUAUUUCGGGCCUGGCAGCGAGGAAAAGGUGGCCCAGUCGAAGAAGAAUAUCAGUGCGAAACUUACCACCCUUGAAGAAUACUUUCAGCAGCAUCCCUACACGAUUGCUUGA